UACAUGUGACUUUGUUUACAUUUUUGUGAGAAGCUUAUAAACAAGAUUUUUCAUCUAAAUUUAAAAUUUGAUUUAGUUAAGCAAUUGAGAUCGAUCAAUGUUCAAUUUAUUAUCCGUGUUAAUCUGAUUAUUGAAUUUAUGUGUGUACAAUUAAGCAAUGACAAGUCAUUUAAUUAAGUCUUUAAAAUGGAAACCAUUAUCUAUUUAUGCUGGUCUUGGUUUUAUCGGUUUUCAAGGAUAUCGAAUUAACAAAGCCCGCUUCAAUCAAUCAAUUGAUUUCGAUGAUACUAGUAAUAAUGAAUUUUCAUCAGAACCAACUAAAUUUGAAAUUUCCCUUUUAAAAUUACUACCUCUUCGUAUCGCUUCCAGAGUUUGGGGCUUUGUAAAUUCUAUCAACUUACCUGAAGCUCUUAGAGGACCAAUUUUACAAGUUUAUGUGAAAGCAUUCAACUGUGAUCUUAGUGAAGCUGAAAUUGAAGAUUUGAAACAUUACAAGAAUUUACAACAAUUUUUCACUCGUCCUUUAAAAUCUCACGUAAGACCAAUUGCUGAACAUAGUUUGACUUCGCCCUCUGAUGGAACCAUAAUCUGUUUUGGACCCAUUGACGACCAUGAAAAAGUUGAGCAGGUUAAAGGAGCAACUUAUUCACUAUCCUACUUCUUAGGUCCUACAACUUGGUUACCUGAAGAGCAAAACAAUGAUACAGAGAAAAGUUACAGAUCAAAACUCUUAGUCAAUGAAACUGCCAAUAGACUAUAUCAAUGUGUUAUUUAUUUAGCCCCUGGUGAUUAUCAUAGAUUUCAUUCCCCGGUAAAUUGGCAAGUUAAAUUUAGAAGACAUUUUUCAGGUAAAUUAUUUAGUGUUCGACCAACAUUUGCCAAUUGGAUGCAUGGUUUAUUCCAGUUGAAUGAACGAGUAAUUUACCUUGGUGAAUGGGCGCACGGAUUCUUCUCUCUUAGUGCCAUCGGUGCAACAAAUGUUGGAUCGGUUAAAAUAUACUUUGAUUAUGAUUUACGGACAAACAAACCUUUUUGCAGAAAAUAUCUUUACAAAGAUAAAGUCUUCAAUGAGGACAUUUUUCCAUCCAAAGGAGAACCUUUCGGCGAAUUCAAUCUUGGAUCAACAAUUGUUUUGAUCUUCGAAGCACCUAAAGAUUUCAAAUUCAACCUUAAACUAGGACAACGAAUUAAAUUUGGUGAACCUUUAAUAACCUAGCUGAAGCAAAUGGAAAUUCAAAAUAUUGUUCAAUAAAUUUCAAUUGUAAUUGACUAUUA